GGCUGCGCAGGCGCACUGGGCGAGCUGAGCCCGUCGCCAUGGAGCGGGGAGCACCCGAGCUGCCGCCGGGGCUUCUGGCCGAGCCCCUGGGGGGUCCGGACCCCGACCCAGUGGCAGCCGGGGAUGAGGAAACGGCCAAGGUUGGAAGCAGGGCCGAGGGCCGGCUCUCUGGCUCCGGGGACGGCACGAUGACAGAAGGUAGUUUUUGGUCAAAGAAAAUUGAAAUUACUGUUUCAGAAGCAGAAAAAAGGACUGGAAGAAAUGCCAUGAACAUGCAAGAAACUUACACAGCUUACCUCAUUGAGACACGAUCAGUUGAACCGAGUGAUGGCCAGAGUGUUCUUACAGACUCUCUUUGGAGACGGUAUAGCGAAUUUGAAUUAUUGAGAAACUAUUUGCUAGUUUACUAUCCACAUAUUGUUGUCCCACCUUUGCCUGAAAAGAGGGCAGAAUUCGUUUGGCAUAAACUCUCUGCAGACAACAUGGAUCCUGAUUUUGUGGAAAGACGAAGAAUUGGUUUAGAAAACUUUCUUUUAAGACUGGCUUCACAUUCUGUCCUUUCUGAAGACAAAAUCUUCUAUUUGUUUUUAACACAGGAAAAUAACUGGAAGGAGACAGUGAAUGAAACAGGGUUCCAGCUAAAGGCAGACUCCAGGUUAAAAGCUCUUAAUGCAACAUUCAGAGUGAAAAACCCAGACAAGAGAUUUACUGAGCUAAAACACUACGGUGAUGAACUACAGUCUGUCAUCUCACACCUUCUUCGAGUCAGAGCUAGAGUGGCAGACCGACUCUAUGGUGUCUAUAAAGUUCAUGGAAAUUAUGGAAGAGUUUUCAGUGAAUGGAGUGCCAUAGAAAAAGAAAUGGGAGAUGGACUACAGAGUGCAGGACACCAUAUGGAUGUAUAUGCAGCUUCUAUUGAUGAUAUUUUAGAAGAAGAGGAGCAUUAUGCAGAUCAACUAAAGGAAUAUCUUUUCUAUGCAGAAGCAUUAAGAGCAGUUUGUAGGAAACAUGAAUUAAUGCAGUAUGAUUUGGAGAUGGCUGCUCAGGAUCUGGCAUCCAAAAAGCAGCAGUGUGAAGAACUUGCAACAGGGACUGUGAGGACAUUCUCUCUAAAAGGAAUGACUAGCAAGCUGUUUGGUCAAGAAACUCCAGAGCAAAGAGAAGCCAGAAUAAAGGUGCUAGAGGAACAAAUAAAUGAAGGAGAAGAACAACUGAAGUCUAAAAAUCUGGAAGGCAGAGAAUUUGUGAAAGCUGCUUGGGCAGAUAUUGAACGCUUCAAAGAGCAAAAGAAUCAUGAUUUAAAGGAGGCUCUCAUAAGCUAUGCAGUUAUGCAGAUUAGUAUGUGCAAAAAGGGAAUUCAAGUGUGGACCAAUGCUAAGGAAUGCUUCAGCAAGAUGUAAUCCUGGAGAAAUUAAUUCCUCUUCAAUCAAGUGCCCCAGAACAGAAGCACAAGUACAUAAUGGAGAUUUAAGUUGCUACCUGGUAUACACAAAAAUUUACAAUUUAAUCAUUUGAAUAAAUACAGUGUUCUUUAUGCUGAUUGUAGUUGUUAGAAUAGCACAAAAAGGAGAUGUUUUAAUGAAGAUUAACAUUGAAAUUAAGAACUUAUGGUGAUUCCCCCCAAAGUCAUUUGGUAUUGUUUGAGACGAUUCUGAACUAGUAAAAGUUCCAUUGUUAGGUCAUGUUUAUGUGUCCUUUUAGCCCAUGCUCCCUCUAUCAAUAUGUAAAAUGAUUUAGAGAGUUUUUACUAAAGAUUAUAUUCUUGAGGUUUACCCAGUAAAGAUGGCCAAGUGGAAACUCACCAGAGUGCUGUGGGGGUGAUUUUUACUUGCCUUAUAGUUGAGCUAUUUGCUUUGACAAAAGCUCAGCAGAAACUUAGUGUGAAAUCUAAGCUAUUCCACCCAUACCUCCUCAGCACCCCUGUGAGUAAUGUAUGCAUACACUAGAAAAUGCCUUCAACUUUGUGCUUCACCAGAAUUUUGAUAUUGGACAAAAAUUUUUAUACUGCCAACAAAGACAACUCUUUAAAUGAAUAGUGGAGUCCAUUGUCAUGAAUUAGUAGAAAGCCUUUUAACUGAUUAUGUUAAAUAUAAGAUAGAAGUUUCCAAAUCAUUUUUUCAAGCCUGAGUGAUGAGCCUAAAUUAACUUGGCUUGGCUCUUGACAUAUGGUGUUUCAGGGUACGAGAUGUAACAAUUCAAUGUAAAAGAUCUAUAUGUCAACAAUAUAUAUAGUAUCUUCAUUAUUAACAUCCUUCUUUUAUACUGCUUGGCUGUAAUUUUGUAAAGAAAAAUGAAUAAAUUAUAUUGAUUUUUUUGUUUGGUUUUCAUGAUACAGUAUGUUCAAAAGCCAGGCAUCUUUAUUUUUUGCUAGCUUUGCAGAAUCUUAAAUGUGAACUUGCUGUUUCUAAUUAUGUAAAUAACAAUAAUCCACUACUAUUUAGCAUUUGACUUUUUUUACAUGUUGAAAUGUUACAAAAUAUUGUGGAAAUUGCCAGACUUAAUAAAAGAAAGAAGCAUUGUGCUAAUUU